GUGAAUUAUUGAUGGCCCCGCCCUCCUUCCUAUUCAGUGUGCUGUCAGCAGACGCCCGCGACACAAUAGCCCAUCUCUGCAGGCCACGGCUGCGUCAGUCUGCUCUCCCACCUGCCUCCGGUCUGCUCUCGCAGCAGCUGCUGCUGCUGCGCCUCACGCACAGAGGAAAUUAUGCUGUACUGUAGGACCCUGCUCUUGCUGGCGGUGGCACAUUCCAAGUCUCUCCAGACCAGCGGCAGCGUCUGUGAGAAAGGCUGUGACUGCCAGGGUGAGUUCAGAUACACCAACUGCUCCGGCGCGCUCUUCGCCCGCGUCCCCGGCGACAUCCCCCCUCUCACCGAGCACCUGGACCUGUCCCGGAACCGGCUCUCGCUCCUGCCCGCCGGGGCCUUCCGGGGCCUGCGCCGGCUGCGGGUGCUGCUCCUGAGCGACAACAACAUCAGCCGCGUGGCGAGCGGGGCCUUCGCCCCGCUGGAGAGCCUCCAGAGGCUGGACCUGAGCCGGAACCGCCUCUCCGCCCUGGGGGAGGGCUUCUCCCUGGGCCUGGACUCCCUGAAGGAGCUGCAGCUGGGGGAGAACCGGCUCACCCGCCUGGACGGCCCCCUGAACCUGGACGGCCUGCAGAGGCUCAACCUGAGCGCCAACGCCAUCGGCUCCGUCGGGCCCCGCGCCUUCGGCCUCAUGACCUCGCUGCGCCAGCUCUACCUGCGGGACAACCAGCUGGGCUCCCUGGGCGACGGCGUCUUCUCCAUGCUCCGGUCCCUGGAGGUGCUCCACCUGGAGGGAAACCGCAUCGACGGCACCGAGGCGGGGGUCUUCGCCCCCCUCACCGGCCUCGCCCUGCUGGACCUGACGCGCAACCGCCUGACCGCCGUGCGCUUCAAGGCCUUCCUGGGCAUCCGCAGCCACGGCACGCGCGUCCUGCUGGCGGGCAACCCCUGGUCCUGCGACUGCGACCUGCAGAGGGUGUUCGGGAAGCUGCGCGGCGUGCGGCGGCUCUCCCGGCGACCCACUGGCCCACCCGAGCUCGCUACCGCCGCGCGCGCCCGAUGCGUGCGGCUACCCAGCGUGGUCUACCAGUACCAGACCUAG